AUGGCCCAGCCAAUGAUGACCCCUGAUUGGUCUCCGUCAGCCUGGACAUCCCUUCCAAAGCCGUCCAUCUUCUGGCACCGGGUUCCAGAUGCAGAAGGGAAGCACCACCUCCAUUGUGCAGCCCAGGGGGAAUAUGCGGGCAGCUGGUUCUACCUAUACCAGGGAGGCAGCCGGGAGCCUAUGGCUGACCAGAAAGCUUUUCCCGGGCAAGCUGAAGUUACCUUUGCCGUUGACCACCUUGGUCCCAGUGAGCAAUUCUACUGUAGCUAUGAAAUCUGGGAGUCAGGGAAAGCUAUCCGCUCCCCGCUCAGUGGCCCUGCAAACAUCACGGAAGACCACUACCCGAAGCCAUCCAUUGCUGCGAGCCCCAAUAAGGAAGUCUUUGCAGGGCAGGACUGGACUGUCCGUUGUUGGGCUCCAUCAGCAGGGAUCAGCUAUGUCCUCUACCAGGCCAGGGAAUUCCGGUUCGAGGUCACCCCCCGGGGGGAUUCCAGUGUCGCCGAAUUCCCCUUGAAGAACGUCACAGUAGCUGAUGCGGGCCGAUACACUUGCUAUUACCAUAGCAUCGCGGAGCCUGUCAUCUGGUCCAAUGCCAGCGACCCUGUGCUGCUGAGAGUCAUUGAUGUAGCUGAGGACACCAAAUACCAGGAGGUGUUGUUGGACUUUGCAGGGAGAUAUCGAGUGAAUUGUUCAGUGCCCACCGGUGCCGAGGGCUGGUUCUAUCUUUACCAAGACGGGCAGCUCUUAGCUGAAACCAGAGCUUGGCAAGAUGGGGGG